GUGGAUCAGUAGAUAGUGAGUCCGUCUAAACUGCAUGAGGUAAUGUGUAAUUUGUUUUGUAAACACUAAGAAGGAAGAAAAGUUAUUUUACAGGGACGACAUGACCUUUGUAAAAUGACUGAUGACAUACCGCCGAAAAAGAAAAAGAGAUACUCUGAAGACUUUAAUAUUAAUACAUCUGACGAGUAUCCGUCAAUUACUGAUCAUGUCCAGUUGAGUUCAGCCUCCCUUAACUUAGAUAGAGAAAACUUUUCGAUCGAACAGCAACAGCUUGCCGUUGCGCUAGUUUUGUCAGGCGCGAAAGUUGAGACAGUAAGCAAAGAUAUAAAUAUUCCUCCACCGAUCAUUAUUUCUUGGUUAAACGAAAAUAACACUCCUUCAGCGGACGGCAACGAAGACAUAAACGAAACUGUCAGUACAUCUUCAUCAACUCAUCCAUACUUUGUCGACGAUACUAGGAAUGAUGAAAAAGAGAAGCAAACAGAUAUUGAUAUGUGCAAUGAAGUGCAAAAAAAGACUGAACCAGAGAGAAAAAAAUACUCUAUUGAACAGCAACAGAUUGCAAUUGCACGAGUUUGGACAGGGGCAAAAAUUGCAACAGUUAGCAAAGAUAUGGACAUCCCUCCAUCGACCAUCAGUACUUGGUUAAAAAAAGCUACGCUUCCUUCAGCGGAUGGCAACGAAGACAUACACGAAACUGUCAGUACAUCUUCAUCAACUCACCCAUACUUUGUCGACGAUACCAGGAAUGAUGAAAAAGAGAAGCAAAUUUAUAUUGAUUUGUGCAAUGAAGUGCAAAAAAAGACUGAACCAGAGAGAGAAAAAUACUCUAUUGAACAGCAACAGAUUGCAAUUGCACGAGUUUGGACAGGGGCAAAAAUUGCAACAGUUAGCAAAGAUAUGGGCAUCCCUCCAUCGACCAUCACUACUUGGGUAAAAAAAGCUAAGCUUCAUGCAGCGGAUGGCAACGAAAAUCGACCAGAAACUUUCAUUACUGCAAAACAUUCAUAUCCUAUUGUGCUCGAUGAAAACAAUGGAAUGACGGAAUUUAAAGCGCUGGUAGAAAAUCCUGAUGGAAACCUGUGUGCGCUAAAAGACAGUCGUACAGAAUCCACAGCUACCGCACCCCUUAAUAAAGAAAAGAAAAAAGAAGAAUAUAUGCUGACAGAAAGCAUGACUCAUACAAAUGUCUUAGAAUUUAAAUAUCCAGAGGGAUCAAAAAGUACCAAUGAAAUGGCAAAGAAGCAUGUGAAUACAAAAAAAGAUGUCAGUGCAAAUGGUUGCAACAAAAAACGUACAGAACAACAAAAAUACAAAGAAAUGGAACAAAUAAUUGUGAAUUGCAGUCCUCGAGAAGAGAAAAGAUACGUUACUCCUAUCCCUUCUCCACCGAACAAUUCUAUUUGGAUAGCAAAAGCUGGGGAGAAGUUGCGAGAACUAUACAAGUCACAGGACAUGCGACCAAAUAAACAAUUAUGUAACGAAACUGAAAACGAUUCAAAGCAAUCAAAUAAGAAUGCAACGAGUAAUGAACGGUGUGAUGUGUUUCUAUCUCCUUGUUCAUCGAAUAAACUAGAGUGUUCAACUUCUACAGCAGUUCUUGUCGAAACGACUGAAAAAUCAGAAAGACAGAAGGUGGAUGUCUUUCCUUCUGGUGAAAUUAAGAGAAACAAAGAAGAAAAGAAAGCAAGUGAUGAAAACUCAGGACUUUGUUCCGUUACUGACAGUAUAAAAACUGGGAAUACAUCGUUGGCUAAAGGUGUAAAACGAUUUGGGUACACACCAGAAGUAAAGAAAAAAGCCUUGGAAAGAGUGAAGGGAGGCGAAAAAAUUGCAUCAGUUGGCAAAGAUCUUGAUAUUCCUGGCUCUACAAUAUGGGAUUGGACAAGAAAAGAGAAAAUGACGAGAGAAAAUGCUCAGCUUGAUGAUUGUGUUCCAUCUGUAAAAUGGAAAAAGUGGCAAGAGAUCAUGAGCGCAGAAAAUUAUGGUAAGGGAUGGACUGAACGUGAUAUUGGUUACAGACUUGAAAAACUUUCGCAAUAUUUUGAAGACAAGUAUGGACUCUUUGAACUUGCAGUUUGUAAACCAACAGAAAAGUCUUUAAAAGUGGAAAAUAUUGUUUAUGUUAAAGACGGGAAAAUACUUACACUUCUAGAAAGACAUUGCAGGUAUGGAUUUCAGAAGUCAAUAUUAAUCAACAAUAAACUUCGAGAGGGUUACAGCAUUAAAGCACGGUAUUAUUGUGUUGCAAGUAAGGAGGAAGCUGUAAAAGAGAAAAUGAAGUUAUUGCAACAUCAUGACUACGCUUGGAACAAACAAUGCAGAGAUGAUGUUGCUGAUUAUCGUUUACCAGGAGAUUGGGGUCGAUGGAUACAAGUUAUGUCUCCCAUUGCGGAUUGUGCAGCAGAAAACGAAUGGGUUAAAAGGGAUUGUGGAUACAAAUGUACAAAUUUAGAGACAUGGAUGAAAGACGAGUUUGGUGUUUUUGAAAUGGCAAUUGUAAACCUAAACACAAGGGAUACAAGCGUUGUGUUGAUGGAAUAUGGGAAGAUACUGACAGCGAUAGGAAUGUAUUGCAGUGAUAGUUCUUCAGCCAAAUCUGCACAAAUAAAUGAUGUCUUAAAUAAAGGGUAUAGAGUUCUUGUAAGAUGUUGUUAUGCAAAGUCUGGGGCGGAAAAAGAAGCACAAGUAGCGGAAUCGAUUUUGUUGGAAAGAUAUGUUUAUAACUGGCAUAAACAAAGGACAAAACGUGAAAAUAUCAGGGAUGAGCAAUUUAUGGGAAGCUGGACGGAGUGGAAACUCAUAAUGGUACCUGGUCAGACAGAUGGUUUUAUAAGACGGAAUGGCAGUAACGUUGGUUUCCGACAUAACAACAUUGAGGCUUUAUUUCAGGACCAGUUUGGGGUUUUCGAACUUCAGAUAGCAAGAGGUGACAGCAAGGAAGUCACCUACGUACAACAUGGGGAGAUAUUGACACUGCUUCAAAGAUAUUGUAGUGACGGAUAUAAAAGGUCAGGCAUGAUCAACCGGGCAUUGGCAGAAGGCUACAAUAUAUCAGUACGAUAUCAGUAUGUCAACGCUGACAAUAGCAAGGAAGUCGCUACAGCACUUCUUCGACAGUUAUUGUCUAUAUACGACUAUGCUUGGAACAAAACUCGUCGAGAGGACGUUGACGAUGAAGAUAUUGCUGGAAACUGGUCAGAUUGGGUCACUAUGAUGACACCACAGAUUCAACAGGGAUGGACACAGCGGAACAUUGAAGAUUCAUGCAGAGUAUACCACCCAAACAACUUUGCAAAAUUAUUUGAGGAGAAAUAUGGUAUUUUUGAAAUAAAAUUGAGAUAUCAUCCCCACUCUGCCACAUUUGAUGCCGGCGGUGAAAAGUUCCGUGACAAACAAGACACAGUUGUUUACAUUGGUAAAGGAAACAUACUUACAGAGGUGAAGACACGAUGUUGUAUCAAGACAAAGCAAUCCAUGCUUAUUGAUCAAGCAUUGAAGGAAGGAAAAUGUAUUUCUUUCCGUUACUGUUAUACAGAAAAUGAUACACCAGAGGAAGCGGCUGAGCUACAAAGACAAUUAUUGGAACGAUACGACUACACUUGGAUUAGGUCAAAGCGAGAAGACGUUUAUGACAAUAACCUGCCAGGAGAAUGGUCUAAAUGGUCAAAGAUAAUGAAACCUGGAGAAGUGGAACAAGACUGGGAAUGGCGGGAUGAAAAAUUUAUCGGUUUUAAAGUGAAAAACCUUGAUGGCAUUUUCAGAGAUGAUUAUGGCGUAUUUGAAUUGGCAGUCGAAAAACCAGACCGAGACACAAUUGUCCACGUCGGAAAAGGAAAAGUUUUAUCUGAGCUAAAAAAGUACUGCAAAAUUAAUACAGAUGGCUCCUACAAUUCAGUUCAAAUAAGCGAUGCCCUAGCAAAACGCUGCAGUAUUUUAGUUCGCUACAGGGACGUUCAGUCAAAGCAGGACGCUGAAGAUGUUGAACAAUAUUUAGUGGACAGAUAUGAGUAUCCUUGGAAUCCUUUGUUUCGGACAAAGAGGGAGGAAGUAGAUGACAGCUCUUUGCCCGGUCAAAACUGGUCUGAGUGGGAUCAGUUGAUGACGCCGCACAGUAACACACCGGGUUGGAUAAGGCGUGAUCCUGGCAACACAGGGUACCGACUGACAGACGAAAAAUUGAAAGACAUCGUCAUAGAUGAAAGAGGUGUAUAUGAACUGAAGAUUGAAAAGCAUGGUCGCAUCAUAGUCGUGUAUGCUGGGAAAGCUGAAAAUGUAUUACAGAGAUUAAUAGACUAUUGCAAAAAUGGAUCCCACAAACCACAGCGUUUUGAUGACGCCUUAUUAGGGGGUUAUAAUAUUUGUGUAAGAUUCAGACAUACUAACAAUAUUGAUGAUGCUGAGAAAAAGCUACUGGACAGAUACAAUUAUGCGUGGAAUAAAUCAAGGAAUGAUAAGGAAAGGGACAUAUUUUUGCCAUACUAUUUUGAGCACAACUGAAAAAGAUUUUAUGUGAUUCCGUCAUAUAUGAGAUAGAUGUAUAUGAAUGGGUGAUUAAAAAGGACAGUCGCAUAAUAGUCGCGUAUGCUGGAAAAUUAGAAAAUUUGAUACAGAGAUUAACUGACUAUUGCAAAAAUAAAUCCAACAAAGAGAUUCUUUUUACUUACGCCUUAUCACGUGGUUACAAUAUUUGUGUAACAUUCAGACCUACAGAGAUUGAUGAUGCUGAAAAUAAGCCGAUAGACAGGUACAAUAAUGCUUGGAAUAAAUCAAGGAACGUUAAGGAACGGGACAUUUUAUGCCAUACGAUAUGGAGCACAAUUCAGAAAAAACUGAAAUUCUGUGAUCUGGAACAAGUGAACAAAUUUCUACAGAAGCAUACUGAACUUAUCUAAAAUCUGGGAGUUAAAACGAUAUCACUCAAAGGGAGGCAAAUGAUCAUUUUAUCGACCACAAACACACAAAUACAUGUUUUAUGAUUUUAGAAUGCGUUUCUGAUAUUUUCUUCACGCACAUGAGCGCCGUUAUAUUCGAAGAAUGUUUUGUCUGUGAUAUUAUUGUUUACUUAGGGACGCUUUCGGCUUUCUUGAGGAUAGUCUAUAUGCAACAAAUCAAUACAAAUAUGGUAACUGUGUUAGUGGGCCCCGAUGUCUGACUACCUAGACUUUAGGAAAUACCUUGUAUAAGGCCGUAUAAGACUGCCUGUUUGUAUAUUUUUAUGUGUAGGUUGGCACCGAUUCUACCUAUUUAGUAACACGCUGUGAUAUAUUUAAUCUCUCAUUUCGCCACACCGAAAAUUUACUAGGGCAAAUCUGUUGCCAGGAGACUACAUAAAUUCUGAAUUAUACGGUGUUCCGUUAGGGCCAGCGCAUACGUCCUAGGAAUGCGAAGCGCGAAGGUGCGACAGUACGAUGGUGACACUACGAUGUUGAAGCACAACAGCACGAUGGCAAAUCGCGACAGUAUUAAACAAAAGACCUCAACUUUUUAAUACUGGAACUUCAUCGCUUAAUUUCAUUAGAAUAGUAACUGUGUUAUUCUCACUAGAAUGAAAAUGUAUAGCGUUUUAUUAAUCUUUUUUAUGCCUCCACAUUUAUGUUAGGGCAUAUAGCGUUGCUACUGUCCGUCCGUCCGCACGAACUUUCAAAGAUGACUAUAAAGGAAGUAUUCUUUCUGUGACUAUUUUUACUUCAGUUAUGGCCCUUUAGUAGUUUUGCUAUAUAGAGAAAAAUCUUGUUUGUCCAACUCCUCUCACACUAAUAGCCUGAUCUGCUUCAUAUUUCACAGAUGACCAUGAAAAAGGAACUUUUGCUUCGACUAUAUUUUACUGCAUUUACUGCCUUUUGAUAGUUUUGCUAUAGGGAAUAUAGGGAGAAAUCUUGUGUGUCCAACUCCACAAACACUAUUGAAUGGAUAUGCUUGAAAGUCUCAAAAUGAAGGACCUUAAUGAGAAGAUGAUCAUAAAUAAUGGCCUUUUUUCUAGUAUUAUGGCAUUUUCUUAGUUUCACCAAAUAUGGCAUAGUGAAGAAAUUUGAUGUGUUCAAUUCCUCAUGCACUACUUGAAGGAAUGGAUUCAAAGUUGCUCAUGUACACAGCCUUAUCUUAAUACAAUUUGUUUUAAACUUUUAGUCAGACAUCCUUCUGAAGAUGGUUCAUAUUAAAAACUUUGUUAUUUAAAGGAUGGCAAAGUAUGUGGGAGCAUCCGUGUCCAAUGAACACAAUUCUAGUUUACUUUAUCAUACUGCAUUUUAAAAUCAUAAUACUGUAAUCAUUCCACUCGAAAUGUGUGACAUGAAUUUUGUACUUGAUUUGCAAUGUAACAAUAUGUUUUUGAUUAUGUAAAAUUGAAUAUGUAUAAUACUGUUUCUUACCUUUCAAAUAUGAACGGCUAUGUACAAUAUUUCUUAUCUGAGUCGAAUGUUUUUGAUUUAAUAGCAGAUGAUAUUAUAUAUUUUGAAAACAUGUAUGAUAGCUAUUGUAGAUUUUUGCUCUCUAGAGACUUCAGUUGUAGAUUAGUAAACCUUAAGAAACUUUGUCGAAAAUGAAUAUCUUUUUUAUUUAGACUUGAUGCCUGAAAUAAAUAGCAGCCACACGUCCCGGCGAGUCUUUCAAGACUCUUAUAAAUGAAAAUUCCGAUUGUCAUUUUAAAAAAAGUGUUUCCCAUUUUUGACUUUGGAUAUUAGUGAUGCUUUUUGCCUUCACUUGUAAUUGGUAGAGUAGUUUAUACACAGGAGUAUCUUGUUUUAUUUUUGAAAGCAAAUAUUCUUGCUGUACCAUUGUAUUUAUAUGUUCAUGUUCUAAUCUCAGUUUCCAAUUGGCUUUACUCCCCUAUUAAUUUAUAAUAUAACAUAAAACAACCUUCUGAUGUAUUGUGAAGAUAUUUAACGAAAUCAAAGAAAUAGAUUUUUAUGGCUGUAAUCGUAAGUGUCUUUUAAGAAUAUUAUCUAUUUGUCAAACUAUUUUUUUCUAAAAGAAAACAUUUCCUCUCAUAUUUCAAGUGGUGAUUAUACUACAGUAGUCGAUGUUAAAUGAUGUUAUUGUUAGCAUGAUAAUGUAUCGAGCAUCAAGCAUUAAAUAUUUCUUUGAGAAAUAUGUAUUUUAAGCUGAUUUUUUGUAUAUCCGUCGUUCAUUUUUUUCACAUCCUAUUCCCAAACCGAAGCCGACUUACAAUAUAAAAUUGUUAGUACAGUUACUCUUUUUUUUGCUCAAAUCUUCGUGAAAUUUCUUUCUACAACAAAGCACAGAGAAGCUUAUUUUCAGUGCAUCAUUUAUCUAUAAUUAUACAUGUAUAUUUAUAAUUUUUGAUAUAUUUGGACCGCAUCACGGUCCGAAACUUUGAGCGGCAACUGUUGAAUCUUGCGGGAACAUGAACUGUAAUACUCCUGCAUCGAAAUGACAAUUUGAUACUUUGGUUUUACAUAUAAGUUUUGAUUUGCCUUAUUUUACAAAUUGAAUUGGUAAGUACGUAGCUUACCCGUUGCUCUGGAUCUCUAUGCAAAUUAAUAUCUGAUGUCAUGUAAUAAAACACAUAUUGAAAGGCCUGCUAGUCGAUAGUCAAAACGAUUGUCGAAUGUUUUCCUGUCCCGAGUUUUUUCUGAAUAUUUUAUUUACUACAUAUUUACUGAGAGUGAUAUUUUCAUAAUAGUUUUUGCGAUUGUAUUGAAUAGAUUAAAAUCCAAUAUUUACAGUAUAUGACAGUGUUUCAAAAUAUUUCUAAAGAAAAAAAACGUAAAACAUGUAUGAACCAUCUAAAAAGUCAAAGCCUAAGGUCUCUGAUUGUUGAUUGGCACUGUUACCUUUUUAGCUGACCUGAGCCAAAGGCUCAUGGUGAGCUUUUGUGAUCGCUCAAUGUACGUCGUCCGUCGUGUGUCCGUCAACAUUUUUCUAAAAAAAUCUUCCUCUUGAAAACCCCUGGGCAGAAUUACACCCUCUGAUCCUUUGAUGGCCCACUUUCAAAAUUGUUCAAAGAAUUGAAUUCCAUGCAGAACUCUGAUUGCCAUGGCAAACGAAAGGAAAAUCUUUAAAAAUCUUCUUGUCCAAAACCACAGGGCCUAGGGCUUUGAUAUCUGAUAUGUAGCAUCAUCUAGUGGUUCUCUACCAAGAUUUUUCAAAUUAUACCCUUAGGGUCAAAUAUGGCGCCGCCCUGGAGGGGGUGGGGGCGGGCAUAUGGUUUAUAUAGGCGUAUAUAGGGAAACACUUUGAAAAGCCAUUUGGUCUAGGGCUUUGAUAUUUGGUAUUUAGUAUCAUCUAGUGGUCCUCUACCAAGACUGUUCAAAUUAUCUCCCAAGGGUCAAAUAUGGCCCCACCCCGGGGAUCCUAAGUUUUACAUAGACUGAUAUAGGAAAAAAAUCAUCUUCUUGUCUGAAACCACAAGACCUAGGCCUUUGAUAUUUAGUAUGUAGCAUUGUCUUGUGGUCCUCUACCUAGAUUGUUCGAAGUAUUACCCUGGGAUGAAAGGAGACCCCGCCCUGGGGUCACUUAGUUAUUAUAUGAGUUAUAUAGGAAAAAGUACUUAAAAUCUUCUUUUCUGAAUCUGAAAGGCCUAGGCUUUUAAUAUUUGGUAUGUUGCAUUGCCUAGUGGUCCUCUACCAAUAUAAUUCAUAUUAUUACCCUGAGGUGAAAAGAGGCUCCGCCCAGGGAUCUCAAGUUUUACACAGUCUUAAAAGGAAAAAAAAUAAGAAUCUUCUUGCCUGAAACUGCAAGGCUUAGGCUUUUGAUAUGUGAUACGAUGCAUUGCCUAGUAGUCCUCUAGCAAAAUUGUUCAAAUUAUGCGCCUGGGUUGAUAAGAGGCCCCGUACGGGGUCACUUAGUUAUUAUAUGAGUUAUAUAGGAAAGAAUACUUAAAAAAUAUCUGAUCCUAUUUCCUAGACUUUUUAAUUAUAAAUACCUGAUGACCCCAAGUAAUAUGAAGUCACUUGACUGUGACUUUGACCUACUGACCUACUUUCUUGUUUUUAAGAUAGAACCUUGAAAUUUGGACGGCAUGCACAGUUUUGCACUACGAUCUUAAAACUGACUUUCAUUGACCAUGAAUAUGACCUAAUGACUUUCCUAAUAUUUUAGCAUCGGCUUGACAUUUGAAACAUGUAGAUCAUAUUACUCAUGUGAGCGAUCCAGGGUCAUCAUGACCCUCUUAUUUGAGAGAUAUUUGAAGUUCUAGUCUGUUUCUUGUUUUGUGGUUUCUUGAUUGUUUUUUUUUUCUUUUUGUUAAACGUUGGGUAAAGCCCUGCUCCGCGUCAAUUCAAAUUCUAUUGUGUGUAUGCAACCCAUGAUUACAAUAGGUAACAGUUAACGGCCACGCGCCACACUUUAGCACGCAAAACCACAGGUAUUUUAUAUAGAAUUUUAUAUAAAAUAGACUCUAUUUUGACAGGCGUCACUGUUCAUAGUCAUGAUUUUCAUGCUUUUUCAGUUACAAUUUUAAGGUUAAACGGUAGGACUGGAGCAGAUCUUUAAACUGAUUUAAAACACGGUUGUGAUGUAAUCCUUUGUUAGUUUUGUCCAUUAUAUAGGUUAUUGUACCGAUACCGUUCUAAACAUGGUCAGUUUUUAACGAGAAUUUGCAAGAAUUCUCUCCCUUAAUUGUUGGCUGUGUUAAAGCAAUUCCCUUCAAACUGGAUUGCCUUCCUUACAUUAGCUAAAGUUGUGUCAUUCAUGACCUAAGUCAAUAAUUCUUUGUCAUAGAUUUUGCAUUAAUCUAAUAUUUUGCUUUAGGUAAUACACGGAAAUUAAGCUCGCAUGUUACUCCGUAGAAAGCAACAACACAUGUAGCCAGUUUUUGAUAUAAAUCAUGUUGUUUUAUAGAUUCAUAUAGAAAUAUUAUUCAUGUGAAGAUAUAAAACGUUUCUGUAAAAAACCAUUAUGUUAGCUUAUGAAAAUGAAUAUUGCGAAAUUCGUGUUGUCAUGUAACAGAAAAUGAAAACAUUCAAAUAAAUUUCUUUUCUUUUGAAACUUUGAAUCCUGCCAAACAUUGAAAUCUGAAAGUUAUUUCAUAAACGAGCUUUCCCACAAACACAUGUAUACAUAAUAGUUUUCCUCGAGAAAAACGAAACUUGUGUGAAGAUACAUGUAUUCCCAUUUUGACUGAUUUUUCUUGUCCAUAUAACGGUACUUUUGUUUUAACUUUCAUGCCUAGAAGUUUACUCUUUAAAACAUGAUAAAAUAAAGUAAUAAACUAUGCAUUUGACAGACAAUGGCAAAGAAAAACCCGAGCAAUUUAACAAAUUUAAAAAACAUACAUGUUACUAAAACACGCACACGCAUGUUUUAUUAACUGGUCUUGUUCCAAGGUUUUCCAUAGAAAUCAAAGGAAGAAAGAAUCUAUUGAAUGAUGAAUCAAGUUUCUGACUUUUUUUCUGAUCAGCAUAGGUGUAUGUGUAUCAUAGAGAUCCUAACUCAUUUUUUUAAAACAAUUAGCUCUGGUUCAUCCUGUCUACUUAUUUAUAGUGUCUAAGUUACUUGAUUAUACAUAAAUCAAAUAUGCCAUUCAGAUAUGUGUUUGUACAUACUAUACAAUUUAAUCAUGAAAUCAAAUUUAUCGUGAAAAAUAAAGUCUUUAGCUGUAAAGGUGGCUGUUUUUCAUGCUUUUCACGAACAAAACCGUGACAAAAAUGUAGGUCGAACUAAAGAGAUAAUCCUGCCGCGCAAACUCAUGGAAAGCAUGCCAAUUUUUUUUUCAAGCUUGGAUUUCAUUUCUAAAAUAGACAUGAUAUUGCGCGUCUGUUAAUUUCACCCUUUCUUUGCACAUCGUGGAAACUAUGCUGUGUCUUUUGUUUAAAUAAAUGUACACAUUCUCUCCCCCUCUCACCAGCUUUCAAUGAGCGCCUAACUUGAAAAUUACACUAUUUCAUUAGAAAAGUAUUCUUUGAAGUAGUUUUUCUCCUGACGUCAAAUGUUUCAAUAUUCCAAAGAUAUUUAGCUUUCAGUCGGAAAUUAUGUAAUUUAUGUUGACUCGUAUUGU